AAAAAAAACUUUUUAAAAAGAUCGAGUGUACUAUAAAAGCGGUGCUUUUUAUGCUUGAAUGCUGAGACACGUGAUCUUUCGCCUCACUCUAUUCUGACUGAAAAGAAAAGACGCGACAGACAGUACGCAAUUUUAUAGCAUCGCUUAUUUGUUUACUGUGGUUUGAAACAUUAUCAGCACGCGUUGGCCAUGCGCCUCUAAUCUGAUUGUCUCAAUACACACGCCGACACUGAUUAGGAUCUCACACCUCACUCUGGUUGGACGAUCAUGUUCUCGCUCCAUUGAGAGAAAAAGGUAUAAAAGGAAGAUAAAAUGUGGAGAACUUCAAUAAUGAACAUGAGAGCGGAGAAAGGAUCCUUUCGGGAGUCUUUCAAGCAUUAUGAGAGACGGGAAUCGACUAAAGUCUUGGGUCCCAACCGCCACUUUGAAUUAGUUUUCAAGAAAGGACAAUGGAGGAUUGUUUACGAAGAUGGAGACGAAGUAACGUUAAUGUACGCAAAACAUGAGAGAUUGCCCAUGAAAGAUUUUGCCGCAGAAGUCCGUGCCUCCAUGGAUGUGGACCAGUUCCUCAACCAGGCCGUACUACUCUUGGACGUGCAAGAUACUUCGGUGGAAGGAAUCAUCGACAAGAUGCUUCACAAGGUGCUAGAUAGCAAGGAAUCUCUCAUCACGAUUUCGGAGGCCAAAGAAGCCAUCUUCACAGAAGAUUCCGGUUAUUUAAAGCGUUUAAUAGAACAAGGAAUUUGUCCGUUUAUUGAGGAAGAUGAUUGGAAAGAUGUUGGUCGUACAGUGCACUUACUUUCCCGUACCAUACAAGGAACAUACGUAAGUGAAGGAGGAGGUUUCGAUUAUGACCAAUCUUGGCUAUGUGCUAUGUGUAAUUUAGCUUCGCUUCAAAAACGGCACGUGGCAAUAGCGCGAUUGAAACAUCCAGCAAACAUGGGACGGACGCUGCAUGAAGUACGGUUCUUCAUUCUUGUUUUGACGCCAAGCAAAGAGAAAGGAACUAAAAACGCAUUAGAAACUGGUCGAACUUUUGCAACUAUAUUUGCUGACAUGGACUUCAGACAACGUCUUCUAGAAGUUCAUAGCGAAGCUGAAUUCAAAAAUGUUCUCCUAAAACAUGCCCAAGAUUUGGCUGCUGAACAGAGCAACCCCUCCAAGCGUCUAGGUACUCAUGAUGGAGAUUUGGACUUCGAUGUAAGUAGUGAAUCGAGAUGCAGGCUUGCCCAAGGCUUGUGGGAUGAUAUUCGUAGAAGAUCAUCUCUAUAUAUCAGCGACUUUAUAGAUGGUUUUGUGGGACACAAGACAAUCCAUAAAACAAUAUCGACCAUAUUUUUUCUCUAUUUCGCCUGCAUUCUUCCGACCAUCGCUUUUGGAGCCCUCAAUGACAACAACACUCUUGGGCAGAUCGAUGUUCGAAAAUCCAUCAUUGGUCAGACGCUAGGGGGCCUUAUAUUCGCGCUGUGUGGAGGACAACCCCUCGUAAUCGUAAUGACGACAGCACCUCUAAGCCUCUAUACGAAAGUGAUCUUCAAUAUCUGUCAGGACUUCCAGUUAAACUUUCACGCCAUGUACGCAUGUGUGGGGUUAUGGAACACUUUCUUCCUUAUCAUUUUUUCCAUCUUUGACGUCAGUCGCAUUAUGAAAUGGUCGACUAGAUCAACGGAAGAAAUAUUCUCUUUAUUCAUCAGCAUAGCCUUCAUUGUAGAUGCAGGGAGAGAUAUGUAUAAAAAUUUUAAUCAUAACUACUUCUCUCAUGCUUGCAUGGAAGAAAACACUCCGUCAGUAGAAUUUCCCUUAUGGAUAGCAAAUUCCACUAUCAACGAAACUCAAGGGGAAGUUUCCCUGACUUCACCAUGUAAACGAGAAAAUAGCUUGCUAUUUCUACUCCUGAUGUGUGGCACAGUGUGGCUCGCCGUAUCCCUCUAUAAUUUCAAUAAAACGCCGUACCUUCAGGCCAGCAAACGUGAGAUCCUGGCCGACUACGCCUUGCCUGUAGCAGUUAUCUCGAUGAGCUUCCUAGGAUCAUUUGUAUUCAGGGAUGUGGCAACGGACCAAUUCCGUUACAGUGACAACUAUCCGCUUACCCGAGCUCCAGUUGAAGAGCUGCCCUGGACAGCUUCUAUAGCAGCGUUAGGAAUGGGCUUCGCCUUAUCGCUGCUAUUUUUUAUGGACCAGAAUAUUUCAGCAGCAAUGGUCAAUAAUCCUUGCAACAAACUGAAGAAAGGUCCAGCCUAUCACUUAGAUUUGUUUGUGGUUGGAGUUGUGAAUGGAUUCUUGUCCUUAUAUGGAUUACCAUGGAUGCAUGGUGUCCUUCCUCAUUCACCUCUCCAUGUCCGUAGCUUGGCUGAUGUUGAAGAACGCGUUGAACAAGGACAUGUUUAUGAAAUAAUUGUGAAGGUGAGAGAAACACGUGUAACGGGUAUCAUCUCGCACAUCCUCAUUGGUUUAUCGAUCUUCUUACUCCCUUAUCCAAUGGCCUACAUUCCAACGGCGGUGCUGGAUGGACUUUUCUUGUACAUGGCCAUCACAUCGCUCAAUGGGAACCAAAUGUUUGAAAGGAUCACAUUGCUUUUCAUGGAACAAGCAGCCUAUCCACCAAAUCAUUACAUACGAAGAUGUCCUCAACGAAAGAUUCACAUCUUCACUAUGUGUCAAGUAUUUCAGCUGGCUAUAAUGUGUUUCUUUGGAUUCUCCCCAUGGUCGUACGUUAAAAUGGUCUUCCCCGUCAUCAUUUUUCUAUUACUUCCGUUCAGGCACAAGGUAGUCCCGUGCCUUGUUGAUGGGAAGUAUUUGGAAGCUUUGGACGGUGAACAUCAAUGAGGAAGUGAUAUACUUAGCUCAGUGAAUGAUAAAUCCCUUUAUUUUUUCUUUCUGUUUUGCUCCAUACUAGCUGAAGCUUUUGAUGGAGAAACAUGGGUGCCUCAUAGAUUCCCUGGUCCUCACACACGAGUGCCUCAACCACUUAUAUUGCAGUCCUGGACGAAGAAAUAAAAACAACUUAUUGUGAAAGCCCUUCUUUGACAAAAAAUGCUCAUAAAAAGUAUUUAACCACCGAAAAUGCAGUGAAAACUGUAGAAACGUUUGUGUAAUAGCAUCGAACACAUUUACAGAAUCGGAUUCUGUGGCAAGAUAGAGCAUUUCUUUUUCUAUCUUUGCAAGCAUCUAAUCAAGAAUUUUCAUAUAGUGUUUCAGAACAGUAGAUUAUUGUUAAAUUUGAUUUCAAGACGUUUCAACACUUAUACGAAAAUAAAGUCGUGGCUUUCACAUCAGGAGCAUAAUUGAGGAAAUAAAACUGCUAAAACUGAAUUCCGUUUCUGGAAAUAUUCUGCUGAGGACCAGGAACUGUGAACUGCAAAGGCAACCAGAUUUCUUUUCUUUUAUUUCUUUUUCUUUUCCUUCAGUUCAUCACACAUCAUCGAGCACUGGCCAGAACUUUGCCCUACUCAGACUCACCUAGGGCCAUCUCGCUUGAGUCAAUAAACUGUUAAAAAAAAAAAGGUGACAAUCUAGCAUUGAUUAUACCUUAGGUCAAGCACUGUGCAUCUGGUCUGCAAUAGAAUGCAGUAAUAGGAAUUUUACAAAUGUUUACUAAAUCCACUUAAAUUUUUUGAUAUGGGAAUAAGAAAUCGCUGCUAAUGUUUACAAAAUUACCAGAUCUCAAUAUUGAUGUAAAGCUUAUUAACUGAAGAAGUUCAUGAAGAGGUUUAUAUAAAUUCAUACCUUUCUUAUUCGAUGAUAUUUUAAUGCCAACUGUUUUCCUGUAACUGCAUAAAAGUUUAGGAAUUUUCCACAAAAUUUUAUUUUAAGUUGUGCAUUAAACAAUGGAUAGGGAACAAAUAAUAUAUAUUGUGAAAUUCCUUGAAUUUUUAUUGCUAUAACUAUUUUAUCUUAAUUCAAUACAUUAUUUUAUUUUAUUUUUUCAACAGCAGUAAGAACCAUCUUUUGGAAUCUAAAAUACAAAUUGAUAUUUCUAAAUUUAAAAAUGAAUGUAUAAAAUACUCAACAAACAAAUUGAUGCAAAUUUGGAAAAAUAGCAUUAAAACGGAAGUUGAAAGUCUAUAUAUUUGAUUCAAUAAACAGUUUGAGGUGAAAAUGAACAUAAUAGAGUAUCAUGUUUUGAUAAAUCUUUAUAAUUCAUUCUAAGUAGGAAUUAAGUUAUACUGGUUCACAAAAAAAAAAAAAUGCGUCAAUUCAAAAUCUUAUAAACAUUUUCAUAUUUCUUUAAGAUUCGGAAUGCACUUUCAUUCUGAUCAGUAUUAAUAAACGGUAAUAUGAAUUAAAUAUUUAUUCGUAAUCGAAAUAAGAUUUACAAAUAUUUAUGAAAUAUAGGAUAUAUUUUAAUUUUAUAAUAAUUAAAAAAAGCACGAAAAUUUUAAAAUAUUUCUUGAAGACGCUAGUAAAAUUAAACAAAAAAAAAACAAAUUAAAAGUAAAUUUGUUAAAGGUGAAGUAAUAUUUAGCUAUAUAAUCUUUGGCUCUUCAGGCCAGAUCAUAAGCUUUUCACAGUCUUUGGCUGUUCAAGCCUGAUCAUAACCUUUUCAUACUCUGUGGCUGCAAGCGUUUGAAAAAUAUUGAAAAAAAUCAUUACGCAAUAAUUUUUCUUCUGAAAUCUGAAAAGGAAUUUCUGUUUGUAAAACAUUAGUUUCAUUGAUUUAUUGUUAUCUAAAUAUAAGCAAAGGAAUCAAUUGUAUACUGAAUAAUUGCUGUCCAAAAUUGUAGAAAAUAUGGUUCUUCCCUUGAGUAUCAGUGUUAUUAUUUAAUCUUUAAGUUAAAUAUUUUUUAUGCGAGAGAAUCUAUUAAAUAAAUUUUUAGAUAGCAAAACUGUGAAGAACAUAAAACUUGCGAAAUCACAAGAUUAUUUUUUUAUUGUUUUUGUGCCAAAAAAAUAAUAAUAAUUCUAGAAAAUAAUAAUGUAUUCCUCUUUAGAAUUCCUUUGUUCUUUUAGUACACAGGACUAUUCGAAUUAAAGCUUCACAAACUUAUAGGAUUGUUGAGACUAUUUUAACCCAAAAUGAUCAAAAUUUGAGCGACAUAAUUUUCAGAUACUGAUUUCACCAUUCGUAAAUAAAAAAAAUUAAUAAAAAUUUUAAAAAAUAAAAUAAUAAAUACAGGAAUUCGGAGAAAACUAAAAAAAGAUAGUGUUUUCAUACACAAAAAAAUCUGUCUUUUAAGAAGAAUCGUAACCAGAAAUCACAUGGAACAAAAUCGGGUAAACGAAGAGUGAGAAGAUAUUGAGAAAUAACGGCUUUUCACUCAUUUGUCUGAGAAAAUUUGCUGUAACAAAUGUCAAAUAACUCAAGUUAUAUAAGGAGGUGCAACAUUUUGCAUGAAUAUUGUGUGCUUAAUGCAGCGACAUUGUCAAAGCUCUAAAAUUACAAAACUUGUUACCAUUGUACAAUAAUCUUUGACAGGUGUGAACUUCUGUAGAAAUCACCUCUUCAAAAAAUUAAGCCCAAAAAUAUUUUAAAACUUUUGGAGAACUUCGCAUCCUCUUUUAUCCCUCGAAUCAUUUGAAUCUUUUGAACAUAUGUCUACGCUGCAGAAUUAAAGAUAUUUUAUUCGCAUUUUUACAAACUUCGUAAGAUUCAGCACCAUCUAACAGCGAUAUUUUUCGUAUUUAUUUAAUAUGUGAUGUGCGCAUCAUCUGAAGCAACUGUCCUUGUUUUGGUGUAUCAUUUGAGCUAUUUGAACGUUUAUCAUAACCCCCUUAAUUGGUAAAAUUCAAUUUGAAUGCCUGCUUAUUAUUAAACAUUCAGUUUCAUUUUUAUUUUUUUCCCCUCAAUUUGCUUUAUGUAUCGAUCAAAAAUAUUAGAUAGUAAACAUAUAUCACCUUUUUUAAUGAAAAUACUUCGUUUGUAAAAUAAAAUGUUUUGAUGUUCAUAAAACAAGCUAUGCAGUUACUGAUGAAAUAGUUGGCACAUUCAAGGAAUCGUUAUCAAUCUGAAGAACAAAAUCAAAACCAAUCACAAAAAGGUUAAAAUUACCCGAUACAUUUAAAAGAUUUUUUUAUAUAUAUUUUAUAAUAAUCAGCUAUUUAGGAACUUAGCAAUUUUUGCUGUGGUUUUUUAAACCAUAUACUGAAUGCCCAUACAUCUUAGUAACAUAUACUUGUGAAAAAUAUGUAUCGACUUCCCGAGUUGAUGCCAGACUUACAAAAAAAAAAAAAAAUGAGAAAUCAAAAUCUUUAAUGAAAUCAGCUCCUUGCAAUUCUGUCAAAAUGAACUUAAUUUUGUGAGUUUCAUUUAGCAAACUGUCUUUGAAAUUCAACUAAUUUCCUUUCUUUACACAAGAUUCAGAGAACAAUAGCAAAUAUUUUAACUCAAAUUGUAUCAACUAAAUCCGUGAAACCUUCUUUUUUUAUUCAUUAAAAACAAGCAUCUGAUAAUUUUGUUUUCAUUUAGAAAAACAUUUAAAUCUAAGAUUAGGUUAGAUUCGGCAAUAAUAACUCAUAAACCAAAUAUAAUAGUUACAAUACUGAUAAUAUGUUAUAUCAAUCAGUGCUGAAUAACGUGCAAACUAUAGAAAAUUUAAAGACAAUAGGAUUUGGAGAACAACAGCAGACAUGACAGGCAAGGUACUUGUCAGUCAAAAGCUAGAGCUCAUUAUAAUAGAUAGCUUUAAUUGUUAUAAGUCUUAGCGUCCGCAAAUGCAUGCAUUAAAAUCAGAAGGUACAAAAAGUAUUAUAGUUGUGAUAAUGAUAUGCUCUGUCAAUUCUGUGCUUAAGAACAUACAAGCAUUGAAGAGUUUAGAAAAUAGUACUGAAUAACGUUUUUACUGUCGCUUUAAAACUAGAUCAGCGUAGUAGAUAGCUUUCAGAUGCAACUUCUUUAAAUCAUCCCUAAGUGCAUGAUUUAAAAUCAGUAACGUAUAAGCUGAUUUCAUGUUCUUAUUCAAGCACAAAGUUAAGUUUAAUUAGUAAGAUUGUUGUGAGAUUAUCAUAAUACUGUUGACAGUUUUCCUAUUACGUAAAAAUUCGCGGCCCAUGUCAUUCUUUUAUGAAUCAAAUAUGAUAUGACAGUGCUUGCCAUUUAAAUUAUUCAUCACUGAUUUUUAUUGGCAGAAACAAAGAGGACAAGAACCAAAUUAUUCAUUAAUGUAUAAGAAAUCAAUUCAAUUGUCCAGCACAGUUUACGAUUCCGAAUGAUUUCAAAGGCAGUGAAAUAGUUUUAUCUUUUGUUUGAGUUGAAAAAAUAAUCAUUUAUAUACUAAUCUAUUAUUUAUCCUUUUAAUACACAAAACCUAACAGUAAAUCGUAGAAAUCAUUGAAGUAUAGAGAAAAACGGUUUUUGUCCUUAAAUUCGGAUGCGAACAGAACAUUUAAAAUUAAAUAAAAAUAAAUUUAAUUAAUAUUUCAUUGUUAAAAUUCAAAUUUAAGGAAAAAAAAUUCCCACACUUUGAAUCUUUAUUUCCAUACAUACCUUAAUAUCUUAAUACAUUUAUUGUUUAUAUAUUCUUUGUUCUGAUAUUGGUUUCGAUUCCAAAGCUUCUUCAUAAACAUGGAAUGUAACAAUUGCAUUGCUUCAUUUGUAAAAAUAAGAUUUUCUUGGCACUUUUAACAUGUUUUCAAUAUUGCAAUCUGGAAAUAAAAAUUCUUUAACUUAUAUCAAUUUAAUAGGCUUCGAAAUGAAUCGUUUAUUUAAAAUAAAAAGUAAAACUAUGUGAAAAAUAUGAGCAAAAUAGAGUUCAAAGUGCUUCGACUAUAAAUAAUCUUUAUAUAUGUAUAUAUAUAUAUAUAUAUAUACAUCCAUAUAUAUAUAUAUAUAUAUACGUAUAUAGACGAUAUGUUGAUCAUACUGAAAUUUCCUUUCAUUCAUUAAUCAGUUUCUAUAAAUGUAUUUUUAUAAAAAAUAUCUAAGAAGAAAGCAGUAUUCAAUUUUAAGCUCUUUCUGUGAAAGAAUACUGCAAAAGGAAAAGACUUCCUCUGACAAAUCCUUUUUAAACGUAGAAACAUGUCUUAGUAUUUUAAAUGAUGAUUAUCCUGAUAUAUUCGAGAAGAUAACUGCUAUGGGUGAGGUGUUGUCGGUCAAACCUCAUGUGUAAAAACAAAAACUUUUAGUCCAGUUUUUUUUCCUACGAGUCACACUCAUAUCAGGAAAGCAAGCUAAACAAAUGAUUACUAGACCUUAGUGUGUUUGUCAAAGGAAGAGAACUAGUGAACUCUUUUACCAGUUCAAUUUCUAGUUCGAAAUACUCUGCAUUGGAGCCUUUCUGUUUCCUAUUUCAACGCAAGAAUUCUACCAGCCGAUCGAAGAAAGGAGAUAUACAGUGUCCAUGUUUCUUUCCCAUACGUGUGCUAAAUAGAAUUUUUUUAUUUAUUUGUCAUCAAUUUAAAAAUGCAGAUUGACAGAUAUUUUUGUAAUAUCUUCAGUGCCAAUCUAGAAUAUCCUGAGUACAUAAAAUAGAAUUACUUGCAAGACUUCUGAAUGGAAAGUAGAUGACUAGUAAUAGUGAAUUUCACUAAAUUCUAGUUUAAAAUACGCAAUUUCAGUGUUUUAAAACAAAUAGAUUUGUGUUUCACUCUUAGAUGACUAAUAAAAAUCCGUAAAGGUGCCAUCUAUGAUCGACAGACUUGACUGUUCGCUUUUUAGGAUCUAGAAAUGCUCUUCUAAAUUCUCUAUCAGUUGGAGUUCGCUUAUGUGCAUGUGUUGUGCAUAAAGAUGCGUGCCUUGGAAAUUGGAGUCAUGAUGAAUUUAUAAAAACAGAGUCCCCCCAAAAAAGAACUUUUAAUUCGUAUUCCAGCAAUUGCAAGGUUAUUCAAGAGUACGAAUAUGUGAAGAAAUAACUUGUCAAGUUGCAACUGCGCGCAUGGAUACUUAGUAAUAUGCAUAUAUGUCACCUGAAUGUAUAUACAUAUAUCUUAAUGGAAAUUUUACAUUUUCAAAAAACAUGCGGAC